AUGCCCUGGCUUCGAUUUAUCCCUCUGAACGGCUACUUUAACGGCCUCAAGUCUCUGGUUACGAAAUCUGACCACAUUCCCGAGUAUCCGAACCCUAAUGUGGAAGUUCCUCUCGGCGAGCCUCCCCUGAGCCAGGAUAUCCCGAAGCCGAAGCUUUACGAUCCCUACAACUCUUCCGACUCGAGCGUUAAAACUUGCUAUCUUGACACGGACAAUACGAUUCCGGCACCCAGCCUUUAUGCGUACGAGGGAAUCCCUCAAUACAUGCCUGACCCGGCCAUUGGCUCCCACUCCAUAUUUGGCAUUCGCGAUGACGUCUGCUUCGAUCGAUUUGGUCGUUACGGGCCUUAUGGCUUUGGUUACAAACUGGUUGAUGGCGGCUCAGAUGUCGGUGUUGAUACAGAGAGCUCCGGCAGCGAGGCUGUCUGGGAGAAGACUGGGCAAAUCAACUAUGGUCAAAUUGACUGGGGCGAUGUCCAGGAGCGAUGUGCUACCGCCAACAAGGACCGGUUCGCGGAGCCUGAUCCAGAAACCGAGGCGCUGAACUUCGAUGGGGGCAAGAAGGGUCGGAUUGCCGUGGUCAUCCGUCUCUAUACCGGCUUCCAGUGGACGCAGCUGGCUGUGCUCAACUUCCGGGCCAUGAUCAGCGAGUUGUCUCUCAGAUCUGGCGGAGAGUACAACGUUCAUUUCUUGUUGCACGUCAAGGACAACGACACACCGAUCUGGUCCGACGACAUGACGGUACAGAUGCUACUCGACUCCAACGUGCCUCCGGAGUUUCACGGGCUGGUGACGCUCAAACCCCCCAUCAACAACCCUGCCGCCAGGGGCGUUCACGGUGUCUUCCGCAGCGCUCACUUGCCCCUUCAAGUAUUUGCCUUGCAACACCCGGAGUAUGAGCAUUUCUGGAACUGGGAGCUGGAUAUGCGGUACCUGGGCAACUGGUACGAACUGUUUGAUCGCUUGGGCCACUGGGCAGACCAGCAGCCACGCAAACUGCUCUGGGAGCGAAACGAGCGCUACUACAUUCCGUCCCAUCACGGCACCUGGGAGAACUUCACGGCUGCCGUCGAGCAGUAUACAAAGGACUCGGGUAAACCCGGUGUCUUUGGCCCCGUAGAGUUUCCCGAGAGAGGGCAGCUGCGUUUCGAGCAGCACGGAGGAUCCGCCAUGCCCCCUUUGUGCUUGGCCGAUCCAGAAAACCCGGAGUGCGGUGUCGGCGAGGCGGCUGAUCUCAUCACCCUGAACCCCAUCUUCGACGUGCACGGCUCUGCCUGGGUUUUCGCAAACGACGCAACGGCCUAUGGCAAGACGCCGCCAAGACGAUGCGCCAUCAUCACGGCAUCUCGACUGAGCCGCCGGCUUCUGAUGGCAAUGCACGAGCAGGUGUGGCGCCACCACCACACCAUGUUCUCUGAAAUGUUCCCUGCCAGUGUAGCCUUUCACCACGGGUUCAAGGCCGUAUACGCACCUCACCCGGUCUUCCUGGAUCGUGCCUGGGAGCCCCUAGGCAGUGCCGUGGACAAGGUUUUCAACGGCGGACGUGACCACUCGACGUCGGCCGUGGGGAGUCCAUUCGACUUGCGCAAUGAGCACAACCACAAAGGUGCCACCUGGUACUUCAAUAGCGAGUUUGCCGGUUUGCUGUGGCGGCGAUGGCUGGGGUUCGCCCAGCUGGACUCGAGAGGAAAGACUGGCCAUCGGAAAGGUGGAGGCAAGAUUCGAGGCGGAAAAGCUGAAGAGGAGAGCGACGCGAGCAGCGGUCGGAUGUGCCUGAGGAGCUUCCUCGUGCAUCCAAUCAAGUUUGAGAGCCCGGACGAGAAGAAAUGA